AUUUCAUCAACGCGGAGAUGUCUCUUCACGUUUGACACCCGUGGACAAGGCCGCGAAUCGAACACAUUGAGGACCUGCUAGGCGAACACGUAAAGGCGUUUGGGCUGUGUGGCCCGCUCAUGGACCGCGAUCGGAUGGGUGGUUCAUUCUCUGUGGUGUGCGGCGGGAAAAGACAUAGUUUCACGUGGGAUGAACACCAGGGCGGCACUCUAGGGUGCUUAGAUGUCGAAGUGUGCAGGAAACGUGCUUAGCAGCACUUCAUAACGGCACUAACGUUCGGAGACUCGCAGAGGCACAGUUGUGAACUCUAAGUGGAUAUGUUCAGGUUGCUGUGCAGACGCGCUACCUUCAUAGCCCACUCUCACCUCCUAUCUUCUCUGCGAGUCCGAUAGGCGGAUAUUGCAUCGAACAUGCGUUGGUUCUCGUUCAUGUUAGCAUCCAGAGGAGAGAAGAAAACCGAUCGAAGCCAGAGUUUUAUGGCUUGGUAGGGCGAGAAUGAUUGAAUGUAUGCGGUCGGGUGAGUGUUCGUUUAGAUCAUCUGGACUAGUUGAGCUGUGUUCAAGGAUUCGCUCUUCGCGAGCCUUUGUCGUUUCUGCCGUUGAUGAACCCCUAGGCAGUCACACCGAAGUAGCAUCGACCGUAAACGUUCAUGAUCGACUCGAAACGUGGUGCAACAUCAAUCAAACUAUUCUUGUUCUACGGCGCGCAAAGAUGUUGAUGAAACUGAUAACAUGAGGUAUAGCUUCUCGGGAACUUUGUUUGCGGUUUCUCGACGCAUAGCGUAGCGCACAGAUGUGAUGCCCGAGAACCGAUUCUUGGCCGCUUCCCGGCCACCAAUACUAGUCUUCCCGGAUAGGUUUGUUUUCGUCACAUCAAACUCUGCAACAAGGCUGGCACCGAAGCUGUCCGGACUGGCGUGGUCCGGGCCUACCUCUCUUUCGCUGACGAAAACUGCUUUUCUCUGCCAGAUUCCUCUCUGAAAGUAGAAAGAUGAUGAAAUUGGCGACUCUAGCAUCUGAACUCGUGAACGCUGUACAAGUCUCAACUUCGACUCGUUGUAGAAUCUCGCACGAAUCCCGCUGUAAUGCUUUCAUGUGCUAAAUGAGCUAAGUGGAGUAAUUACCAAAUGAUUACGGCCGUAAGCAUAAGUACGGCCAUUGUACGGCCCUGAAGCCGUAAUGCGGCCGCCUGGUCGACUGCACCAUGCCGUUGGGGUUAUUGGCUCUUGGUGAAGAGCUGUAUCAUGCCGUUGUCCUUACGGCCGUCACCGUAUAUGGUACGGUCUCCAGCCCUUAAAUUUGGCUUUUGAGUUAAUUUCCCGCGAUUUCACGUACUUUGACGAGCCGAUGCCACCCAUAUCAAUUGCAAUCGUGCUUCAAGGAGGUUACAACAUGUUGCGAGCGGCAAGAAUGCGACUUUGCGACUAAUAGGGACAGUCGUUCGACGGCACACAUGUCAUGUUGGGGUUGAGCUGGGCUCAUUCCGCAACAGCCUUAUAACUCUCGAGAGACCGCGUAUUGGGAUCCCAGAGUUCGACGCCCCUCAGAUCUUCUCGGCACCUUUUGGUCUACUCGAACUCAUGGCUGCCAAUUGCUUGCACAUCGCUGAGCUGCAGAUCCAAAUAGUGCAGUUCAUCAAUGAUGAGCGCACCCUCGCCCAUCUCGCUAGAGUCUGCAAAUCAUUCAAGGACGCAGCCCUCGAUGCUCUAUACGCCCACAUCCGCUCGUUUCCGCACUUCCUCACGUGUCUACCAUCCGACCUAUGGAGGAAAAACAAAGGAGAGCUGGUCUUCACGCGUCCCAUGACGCGGAGUGACUGGGACGUUCUGCAUUCCUACGCCGCUCGAGUCAUAACGAUCAGAGAUGCACCCGAAGGUUACCCACCACUACGCCUUGCAUCCGCCUCAUGCGACGCCCUCUGCAUGUGUCCCAUCCCUCUUCUAUUCCCCAAGCUGCAAUCCGUAGAGAUGACCGAUAGCAGGCGAUAUCUGGAUGAGCGAGAGCACCGCCUGUUCGCGUCCUGCUUCGUCAGCCCACAGCUCCGCUCCCUCAAGCUCGGUGUGCGGUCCUCCGCCACUGGGCUGCUCCUAAAAUACGCCCCAAAACUCAGCACGUCGUGUCCACGAGUGCAGACGAUCGAGAUUGACGAGAAUCCGGUGGGUGCUGAUUCCACCCCGACCAUGUCGCAGUGGAUAUGCGCCUUGGACGAUCUGCGCGCAGUGAAGGUCGGACCUGUCGACGUGAAUAUGUUGGAUCACCUCCGACAGCUGGACUCGCUUCGUUCGCUGGAGAUCUACGCAGAAGAUGGGUCGCAGUGGCUCGCAUCAGACCGUUCUGUCUUCCUAAGCCAUCUCGAGAACUUGACUCUUCACACCGACUACGAGAGCACAGCUGCCCGCGCGGUGGAGCGUCUGCUGUCUCCCAGGAGCAGCGGUCCUAUGCGGAAACAUGCCAGUAUCCGCCAUCUUGCCUACCAAGCGACCGACACCUCCUCGCUCGCACAGUUCACCACGGCCCUCGAGCGCGCGCGCCCCACGGGUCUCAGUGACCUCCAGAUCUCAGUCAGCCUCCCGCCGCGCGAUACGAAUUCAUUCCCAGACUACAACCACCUCCGCCCGUUGGCGUCCUUCCGCGACCUUAAAUCCCUCCGGAUCGAGUACUACCCGAGCAGGCUGGACCUCUGCUGCUCGCAGAUCGUCGAGAUCGCGGGGAGCUGGCCGGGCAUCGAGACCCUCGUCAUCCAUCCGCUCGUCAGACCCAUCUCUCUCCCCGCCCUGGUCGAGCUCAUGCACCUGCUCCCGAGCGUGCGUAAUCUGGGCGUGCACACUGCGCUCACCGCCGCACAUCUGAAGGCUCUCGAUGGAUCCGAGCCACGAGAGGGGGCUGACUAUGGCGCGGUGGAGGCAAGAGCUAGAGCGGUUCCUGUGUCGUUCAAGAACGUCAAAACGCUGCGGUUGUCCUGGGAUGACCGUGGCGACCAGGCGCUUUACUGCGCGUGGGUCGCGUACUGCAUGCACCGCCUCGUGCCCAACUUGGAGGAUAUUGAGUAUCAGGAUGGAUGGACGGACUUCUGGAGCGCGGUUAGCCUGCAAGUUGGAACGCACAGGCGCGAUGGGUUAUUAUAUUCUUGAUUAGAUUAGAGUGAGUUGGGGAUGAUGACUAGAAGAGCUGCAUCCAACGAGGACAGUGUCAGUAUUAUAGAUUAUUAUCACCGGCAUGCCGAUAUUGUCCCAUAUACACAUGUAAC